AUGUUCAUCGGCACCAUCCUAGACGCCUGGUUCGAGCAGUCUCAGGGAACGGUUCCAAACCAGGGUAACGCAGAAGCCAGGGGUGUGAUCCAUAUUCCCAGCCAUCGAGUCCGCUUUGCUCAUUACAUCCAGCAUUGUGAGAAGAUUGUGUCCGUGGUUUGUCUGGUGCAUCUGUUUCUGAUGUCCUCCGAACACUACCAGCAACCCAAGGCUCUGGAGCUAACCAUGGAUAAAGGGUUCCACCUGGUCACCCUUUGCUUCUGCUUUCUCCUGCUCGUCAAGAUCUGUGUUAUAAGGAGCGGGGUCUUCAGCGAUAAGUGA